AUGGAUCCUGAUUGGAAGGCGUCCUCGGCCGCCGUGGACGAGAGCCACGGGGGUGCCAGUGACAUCGAGAAUCAGAACCACCUGGAGGUUGUCUUCUAUCCCGACUCAAGCCACCGCCGCAAAUCCUCUCUCGUGACGAUGGAGAAACCCCGGAUUCGCCGCCAUUUCGACCAACAUGAUAAAACGACGGCUUGCUAUGUGCACUCUCUGAUUGCAGGAGAAUGGGCAGCACCUCCCAAGGAUGCCGAAGAUGCACAGGCCGAAGAGGCACAGGAUGUGAUUCGUACGCUCAAUGAAGAGGAGCCGACAGUCGAUACCACCGCCCUUGACGAUGACCAUCUCGUGGAUAUGGUUGAUGGUGAAGGCCAGUCCAUGAAGCCAGUCCCUACGAUCAUACAAUCCCGUCACUUGACAAAACGCCAGCUAUCCGACAUGGCCUGGAACGUCCGCAAGCUCUCUAAGAAGCUUGGUAGCAUCAAGCUGAAGCUUACGGUCAAGAAUGUCUUCGUGGUAAGUAAGGCUCACGACGAAUCUCUUGUCAGCCUCACGCGAAAUGUUACCCGCUGGCUCCUGUCCAGCGACCGCGAUUCUCUGUACAAUGUCUAUGUUGAGCGACGGAUGGAGACACACCCGGACUUUGGGACCUUGCAGCUGCUGCAGGAGAACCCGUCGGCCAAGGAACGACUCAAAUUCUGGGAUCCGAAGCUGGCACAAGAACAGCCACAUUUGUUUGAUUUUGUGGUCACACUGGGUGGCGAUGGUACGGUUCUCUACACAAGCUGGUUGUUCCAGCGCAUUGUACCCCCGGUUCUGUCCUUCUCACUGGGCUCGCUGGGAUUCUUGACGAACUUCGACUUCGCCGAUCAUCAACACAUCCUCGAAAAUGCCUUCCGUGAUGGCGUUGUCGUCAGCCUUCGGCUCCGGUUUGAGUGUACGAUCAUGAGAAGCAAAGCGCGACUGAAAGACCCGCACUCUAGAUCCCUGACAAACCGGGAUUUGGUGGAAGAGUUGAUCGGCGAAGAAGGCGAAGACACAUUAACCCACACGCCUGAUCGCGUGUAUGAGAUCCUGAACGAUGUGGUACUUGACCGUGGGCCAAACCCGACCAUGUCUCAAAUUGAACUGUUCGGUGACGACGAGCAUUUCACCACUCUUCUCGCCGAUGGAAUCUGCAUUGCGACUCCGACGGGCUCGACAGCGUACAAUCUUGCAGCCGGUGGUUCUCUGUCACAUCCUGAAAACCCGGUUAUUCUCGUUACAGCCAUUUGCGCUCACACUUUAUCCUUCCGACCCAUUAUCCUGCCCGACACGAUUGUGCUCCGAAUGGGCGUACCCUACGACGCGCGAACGAGUUCUUGGGCGAGUUUCGACGGCCGAGAGAGGGUUGAAUUGCUUCCUGGCGACUACGUUACAGUAUCGGCGUCCAGGUACCCGUUCGCUAAUGUCCUGCCUCAAGGACGACGAGGCGAAGACUGGGUGCAUAGCAUCUCCAAAACUCUGAACUGGAAUUCGCGCCAGAAGCAGAAGAGCUUCAAGUAG